UUAGACACGCAAAACACAUUCUGAAAUUUUGGUUUUCUUCUUCUUCUUCUCCGACUCUCUCAUGGCCGAGUUGACUCAGGCCGAUGUUGUUUACUCUCCUCGUUCGUUUCAAGUAUGGAAGACUUUGGUGAACUGGCUUGCUUUUUUCUAUCAGAUCUUCCUUCAGAUCCUUCGUGCCGUUGGUUAUCAUCCUCUUCUCUCUUCUUCUGCUAAAGCCUCCGCUGAUGGUUUUAAACCUUUGCCUGCUAUUGAGUUGCUUGAUAGGGCUUCCGAAUUUCCCACCACCGUCGAUAUCGCAUCCACGACGACUUCGGAUUCCAGCGAUUGCCAACGCAGCCGCUUUCAGAGACUCAAAGUAGUUUUAGACUUGGAUGAGACGUUAGUUUGUGCAUAUGAGACGUCGAGUUUACCUGCUGCUUUACGCAAUCAAGCUAUUGAAGCCGGAUUAAAGUGGUUUGAGCUGGAGUGCUUAUCAACAGACAAGGAGUGUGAUGGGAAACCUAAGGUCAAUUAUGUCACUGUGUUUGAGCGUCCUGGACUGCAUGAGUUUUUAGAGCAACUCAGCGAGUUUGCCGAUCUAGUUCUGUUUACAGCUGGUCUUGAAGGAUAUGCGAGACCGCUUGUGGAUAGGAUAGAUACCAGGAAAGUGCUCAGCAACCGACUUUAUCGACCUUCAACAGUCAGCACGCAAUACCGAGAUCACGUCAAGGAUCUGUUAAGCACAUCAAAGAAUAUGUGUAGGACAGUAAUUGUGGACAACAAUCCUUUCAGCUUUUUAUUGCAACCAUCAAAUGGAAUUCCAUGUAUUGCAUUUUCCGCAGGGCAGCCAAAUGAUACUCAGCUCUUGGACGUUAUUCUACCGCUUCUGAAGCAACUGUCAGAGGAAGACGACGUACGACCGACACUUUAUGAUCGGUUCCGCAUGCCUGAAUGGUUUGAGAAGCAAGGCAUACCACCUUCAUGCUGGAAGCCUUAACCGGUUAAGCGGAAAGUAAUGGCGAAAACCGAAAUAUCAGAAGUCUCUGGUCCACACAAAAAAAGGCCAAAGGACUUGUUUGGUACAUCAGUAGUUUCAGCAAUGGAAGCCACAGGAGAAGGAAGGCACAUAAACUACCAUCCGUAUUGUUUAUAAUCUAUGGUAGAUUCCUUUUAAAGAUAAACUCUUCUACACAUUCUUGAUUUCAAGUGAUUCUGUAGCUUUCUCUGUAAUUUUGUUAAUGAUCAAGCAUUCUUUUCCUUUUCUGGUUGGUUCGGUUUGGAUAUACCGACAUGGAUUAAACCGAAGUAGAAACUGGGUCUGGUAACUGGUAUGAAAAUAAGCAGAAGUUUACUAU